CUUUUACUUCGUCCAUCUUCAUUGAUCUUCAUCCAAAACAGCGCAUCUGCCGCUUUUAUUCACGGCAGCCAUGGCGCUGCAUCCCACUUCUGAUGCUGACUAUUUCAGAGAUAAGGCGCGUAGGGACCUAUUGACUCUACUCGAAGCCGUGAGCAAGGCACCUAUCUUCUUCACACUCCCGGCGCUUCCUUAGGCUGAAACAUGGGUGCAGGUUCGCGGUAAGAAGAACAUCGUCAUCAGCCAGGAUCUGGCUGGUCCAGUCGGGCUUUUCGUCAAAUUCUCUGUGCUUCAGCAAUAUGGUGUAGACCGUGUCUUUUUACUCGAAAAUGCCAACGUGGACUCAUCUCAACGGAAUGUCGUAUUCCUAGUCCGUGCCGAAAAGAUACGGCAAGUACGGAUGGUGGCAGAGCAAAUAAAGCGCCUGCAGCAGAACAGUAACGUGGAACAUGAGUUCUCUAUUUUCUGGGUUCCAAGGCGGACUCUCGUAAGCAAUACGAUUUUGGAAGAGGCAGGCAUUAUUGGGGAUGUGAACAUUGCUCAAUUUUCCAUGCACUUUCUACCGUUGGAACAAGAUGUACUUUCAUUGGAACUAGAGGAUUCCUUCAGUGACCUGUAUUUGAACAAGGAUCCCGGCUGCAUCUUUCUGGCUGCCAAGGCGCUCAUGGACAUCCAACGGAGACAUGGCUACUUCCCUCGCAUCGUUGGUAAAGGCGAUCAUGCUCGGCGCCUCGCCGAUCUUCUGCUGCGGAUGAGGAAAGAACUUGAUGCCGAAGAAAGCUCAGGCUUGGCUGAUUUGUCCGUCAGAGGACUGUUGCCAAGUGCGGAAACGGAGAAUUUGAUCAUUAUCGACCGACAGGUGGAUUUUGGUACAGUUCUUCUCACUCAACUCACCUACGAGGGACUGAUUGACGAGACCGUGGGCAUCAAAAACAACCAGGCAGACGUUGAUACGUCCAUUGUUGGAGCCGCCUUCGCGCCACAGCCCCAAGAGUCGUCUUCCAAGAGUCCUCAACAAACCUCAAAGCAAGGUCUUAAACGGAAAAUUCAACUGGAUUCCUCUGAUCCUCUCUUCAGCCAGUUACGGGAUUCAAAUUUCGCUAUUGUAGGCGAUAUCCUGAAUAAGGUAGCGCGUCGGUUAGAGAGCGACUAUGAAAGCCGUCAUACGGCUAAGACUACAUCGGAACUCCGCGAGUUCGUGAACAAAUUACCAGGAUAUCAAUUGGAGCAUCAAAGCCUUCGCGUCCAUACAAAUCUUGCGGAAGAGAUCAUGAGGUACACCCGCUCGGACAUCUUCCGGAAGAUUUUAGAAGUUCAGCAGAGCAAUGCUGCUGGUGCUGAUCCCACAUACCAGCAUGAUUCAAUAGAGGAACUCAUCGCCCGUGACGUACCUCUCAACGAUGUCCUCCGUUUGCUCUGUCUCGAGUCAUGCAUGUCUGGAGGACUACGCCCACGAGAUUACGAUAAUUUCAAAAAACAGAUUGUGCAAGCGUACGGACAUCAACACAUACUAACCAUCAAUGCUUUGGAGAAGAUGGAACUCCUUCAGCCUCGAUCGUCUGGAACAGCUAUGUUACUUCCAACCACUGGUGCCCAGGCAGCAACUAAAACUAAUUAUUCUUACCUACGGAAGAACCUUCAACUAGUGAUAGAGGAGGUGAGUGAAAAGGACCCCAAGGACAUCUCGUAUGUCUACAGCGGUUUUGCGCCCCUCAGUGUCCGGCUUGUUCAGUGUAUUUUGCAAAAGCCAUACAUCCUUUCCCUUGUCAAGGGUGGAUCGGUCUCUGCUGCAUUGAACACGGCCAGUACUGCGUCUCCUGGCUGGCUUGGCUUCGAGGAUGUGGUGAAAAGUGCCCGCGGCGCGACAUUCAGUAUUAUUCAAAAGGGUGAUGACAAGGCCAUCCGCGCACGGCAGACGCUUAGCGGAAACAAUGCUACCAAAACCGUCUAUGUUUUCUUCUUGGGUGGGAUCACUUUCACCGAGAUCGCUGCAUUACGCUUCAUUGCGAGGCAAGAGGCGCCACGACGAAAGAUCGUGAUCUGCACCACAGGCAUCAUUAACGGCAACCGGAUGAUGGAAGCUGCAAUUGAGAAAGGGACUUUUACGAAGACGGAGUAGUUGCAGCAUCUUUAAACCCACAGGACAAGCUCUUAGUAGGGUUGUCUAUAUGUGUUAAUAUUUACUAUACGAUAAAUUUUAAUACUACCUCUUCGAGUAUCUGAUAAUCAUUUUGGAUUCAAAUUGCA